UUAAUUGCUGGAUGGUUUUUCUGAGAGGAGAAAAACCACAUUCAUUCAUUUAGUGGUGGCAGAGUCAUCAGACUUCAAUGCAAUUUUGAGGCAGGAAACUGUGUCUUUAUUGAGUCAGAGUCAAAUGUUAUGACGCGUAAUUGCACACAGAGGGCUGCGGUGAGUGUGGCGAGUUGAUCCGGACGGAACCUCACCAGCUUCUGCUCAGAGGCCACUUUUGAUUCGCUGAAUUUUGCCAAAAUGAUUUUACACUUUUAGAUGUUGGUGUCGCCAAGUGAAAGUCAGAGGGACGGAACUUAAAUUGCGGGUUGUCACUGUCACUGUGAUCAUUCAGAAACACUAUUUAGUAGGGCUGUGUUUUGACAGGUAUCUUGUGAUACGAUAUGUAUCCCGAUACAGGAGUGGAGAUCCGAUACAUGCAUGGCGAUACACCACAUAUCCCGAUACGACACAUAAACCGAUACAUGUGUGGUGAUACGACACAUAACUCGAUAGAUGCGUGGCGAUACGACACAUAACCCGAUACAUGUACAACAAUACAAUACAUAUCCCGAUACAUGCGUGUCGAUACGACACAUAACUUGAUAGAUGCGUGGCGAUACGACACAUAACUUGAUAGAUGCGUGGCGAUGCAACACAUAACCCAAUACAUGUACAACAAUACAAUACAUAUCCCGAUAAAUGUGUGGCGAUGCGAUACAGUGCGAUUUGAUGCAAUAGCAAGUUAAGCAAAAUGUUGUAAUAUUUGUUUACAAUAGCCAUUAUUUUAAGGGAAAAAAAUUGAUGGUGUAGUGCAGUAUUGUGUGCAUGGAAACAAGCCGACUGUUACGAACUCAGUCCAGUGAGACUUUCAGUUAAAUGUCUGUCCAAACACAUUAUAGAUGCAGCAACUUAUCCAAGUGUUCAUGCAAUAAAUAUUGACAUCGCCUAUAUAAAAUGUUGAUACAAUAUCUUGUAAUAAAGUAUUGCGAUAUUCGGUGGUUCACCGCAUUUUUUUAACUCACAGGUUUGUCAGAAUGUGCGGGAAGAAAACACUUAUACUUACUUGUCGGUAGAUCCACAGAAAUGUACGCUCCAAUCUCAUUGGUUGUCGCUUCAGUGUGAUCUGAAUUGCGGCAUUGCAUUUGUUUUUUUGCACCUCCAGUACUACUGUGCUCGCGAUGCUGUUUCAAGUGUGAUACCAAGUCUGACAACAAAACUAAGUUACUUACAGUAAGCACCAACCUCUGUCCGUUGGAGCAUCCUAAUGGUCUCCCUUCUGGUUGACAGCAUAACUUGGCGCCCACUUCUUAACACAGAGUGCUGUGUAUGUGCAUGUUUGAGUCAGUCUGAUCCUUUAAACCAGAUGUGGGCAAAGUGUGGCUCGGGGGCCCUCAUGCGGCCCUUAGCCUGUUUUCAUGAGCCCCUCAUGAAGUGAGAGAAAAAUAAGCAAUUAAAGAUGUUGAAAAAAUACCUUGUAAAAUAUUACCCUCAAAUCUAACAUCUACUAGUUGAUGUUACCAAAAUAUAUUCACACACAUUCAAGUCUAUUUGUCUUCCGUCUUAUGGCCCCUCACAACAGUGGGGCUCUAACAGAACUUGAGUUGCCCACCCUUGCUUUAAAAUGUCUGCGAAUUUUGGGGGGGUUUUCAGCCCCAUGAAGGUCCUGUUACUGGCCAUGAGACAUGAGAAGUCAAGGUCACUCGCACCUGUCCUCUCCAUUCCCUCCUCCUUCACCACUUCACCUGGCCUCCCCAGCUCUGACACUUGACCCCAGGGACUCAUCUAGAACCGACUCCUCUGUGAUGUUCUCCCGUGGUGUGUUCCAGGAAUUUACGAGGUGAGAUGCUGCAGCUGAGCCUCCGUCUGAAGGUCGAGUGGGAGUUGUGAGCGUGCGUGUGAGAGAGAUGUGCAAGCAUCCAUCAUGACGGAGGAGGACGUGAUCAACUGCACCAUCAGCCACGAGAUACACCAGUACCUCUUCUCCUCCGUGUACAUCCUGGUGCUUCUGGUGGGCGUCCCGUCCAACCUGUACUCUCUGUACCACGCAGCCCUGCAGCUGAAGCAGAGGAACGAGCUCGGCGUCUACCUGCUCAACCUCACAGUGUCGGACCUGCUGUACCUGGCCUCCCUGCCUCUGUGGCUGCAGUACAUUUUCCAGGACGACGACUGGCAGCACAAAGAAUGGCUGUGUCAGCUGUGUGGCUUUCUGCUCUACGAGAACAUCUACAUCAGCAUCGGCUUCCUCUGCUGCAUCAGUCUGGACCGCUACCUGGCGGUGGUCCACCCUCUGAGGUACACGUCUCUGCGCACCAUGAACACCGCCUGGCUGGUGAGCGCCGUGGUGUGGCUGAAGGAGAUCGCCGUCGGCGUGGUCUUCUUCCGCCAUAAAGAGCUGAGCCGAGACCACAAGAACCAGUCUGUGUGCUUCGAGCACUACCCCAUGCAGCCGUGGGAGUUCCCCAUCAACUACUACCGCUUCACCGUGGGCUUCAUGUUCCCGCUGGCCAUUCAGCUGAUCAGCUACCUGUGCGUGCUUCGUGCCGUGGGCCGCAGCGCCGGGACCCAGCCGGACCAGAAGAUCCGGAUCAGGCAGCUGGUCAGCAGCACCAUCCUCAUCUUCCUCGUCUGCUUCUCACCAUACCACGUCUUCCUGCUGGUGCGGACCGUCCUGGAGCGGGACUGCAACUUCAUCACAGGAAUCUUCAACUACUACCACCUGUCCCUGCUGCUGACCACUCUGAACUGCGUGGCCGACCCCGCCCUCUACUGCUUCGUCAGCGAAAGCGCCCGCCGUGGACUCGGCAAGGCCGUUUUCCGACCCCUGAGAAGGCUUCUGUGCUGCUGCUCCCGCAGCGGCAGCGCCAGCCCCGGCAACCUGGCCACGGACUCUCAUGAGGUGGCCACUGAGGAGAACGGGCACCCGACCGUCACCCUGCUCACACACAGCAGCAACGCCGACCCAAAGAAGAGCGCCGUCGCCGCCAACACUUUGCUAGUCACACAUGACGGCCAGAGGACUAUCAUCCCGCUGACUGUGACUUCUGGGGGACAGCAUGAACCAUGAUACUGAACGAAAAACGACUGAAGGUCAAGCGGCAACUUGUUGCUCGAGAGAGUCCAGAAAGAACUGGCUUUGAUAACAGGCGAGUCUGACCCAGGUAAGGAAGAGGUUUGUCUUGUGUGGGACACCAUUGAUGCAGCCGAAGAAUUCAACAGAGCAGUUUGAAAGUCUUUCAAUAUGGCUGAAAGCAACGGGCAAAAUUGGGUCAUGUGGAGUUCAGCCAAGCCACAACACAGAUAAAGUUCUUCACACUGGAGCUCUGUGGAGGUCGAGGUACAGAGCUGACCUCAGAGCAGAUGGACUUGAUUAAUCUAUAAAAGUGACAAGACGAAAUAAUAAAACGAACAAAGAAAUGAAUAUUCCGU